GAGAUUAAGUCAGUAUGAUGAUGUGAGGUUAAAUCGACUGAUCGAAAUGAUGCGUAGCCGAAUAAAUACCGUUUUGAGACAUUUUUAUAAACAAUCAACUUGGAAUUAUCGUUUGUGCUCAACAGUUCCACAAACAACGGAUGACAGAGAUCCCGCACCUUUAUUUUUCGAUCAACAUGUACAAGAAUUAUUAUUUACUUUAACACGUAUAAACUAUGAGAAAAUUUUCUCAGCACACAAAGAUGGAAAACCGCUGAAAAAUCCGAUAUUUAAAUUUAUGACUGACAAGGAAUUAGAAGAAGCAAGAUCAGAAAUAAUAGUAAAAGCAAAAAAUCGGAUACAAAUGCCACCUGUAGUAAAAAUGAGAUCGGAUAAAUGUAAAAUAUUAUCUAAAGAUCCUGCUUUGCAAGGUAAUGAAACAAGUAAUUUCAUAUUUACCGAUAUAUCGUUUGGAAACAAUAAUAGGACAAGAUUAAUCGUUGUUCGAGAUACAAAUGGUACAUUGAGACAUGCAAAUAACAAUGAGAGACAUAGAAUGAAUCAAAUUUAUUUCCCUAUAGAAGGUAGAGAAAUACAUACACCAGAGAUGUUCAACAAUCCAUAUCUGAGUGAUCUAUUGGAUAGGAAAGAAUUUGAAUUUAUUCUAGAUCGAGCGUGCUUACAAUUUGAAUUAGAUGAUCCAAACUACCACAGAGUUACGAAAGAAGUAUACUCUUAUAUAAAUAAAUUUAAAAAUUUCGAUGCCUUGCGAUCUACAAGGCAUUUUGGUCCAUUAGCGUUUUAUCUUGUUUGGAACAAUGAUAUACACACGUUAUUGAUGGAUAUAAUAACAAGCGGAAACAUAGAAGAAGCAGCGGCUUUGAUACAUCUUUACCAUUUAGUUUAUCCCGAAACUAAAUCUGCAAAAGAACCAUUAGAAAGUGAUAUAGAGUUAAUCAAAACAUAUGCGAGAUUGGACUCGUCGAAUCGAUAUGAAUUAACAUGUGCUAUAAAAGAAUACGAAAAAUUGCAGAAGGAAAAAGAGGAAAUAGAUAUGGGCAUAAAGAAAGCGCAUGGACUAAUCAACAAUGAAAAUGGAAACCAAAAACCGAAAACGUGAACAACCGUUCAAGUUCACCACUAGAUCAACCUCUGUUGCUUUUUAUUUUGUACAAAUUUUUUCUAUUGUGAAUAAAUAAAAUCGUCAUACAAUCAUAA